GCCGUUCCUGCAAUUUCCGCCGCCACUGUCCGAUCCCCGGAGCCCCGGCGCCUAUAUAUUCCCAUCCCGUUCCGCCUCUUCGAAAUACUCCAUCCCACCCCACGACAGACACAUCGUCUCAUCACUCCGGUUAGUAAGGCAUCAUGUGCAAGGUCGUCAGCACGGCACACUCGCUCGUCUGGCUGCGCCGCGCCGUGCGGCGGUGGCGCUCGCGCACGGGGCGGACUGACAAGGAUACGUCCGCCGCCGCCGUGCCGGCGGGGCAUGUGGCGGUGCGCGUGGAGGGCGGCCGGUUCCUGGUCCCGCUGGCGCACCUGAGCCACCCGGCGUUCCAGGAGCUGCUCCGCCAGGCCGAGGAGGAGUACGGCUUCCCGUCCGGCGCCUCCGGCCCGCUCGCGCUACCCUGCGACGAGCAGCGCCUCCGGGACGUCCUCCGCCGCGUCGCUUCCGAAGGCCGCCGCCCCUCCCGCGGCGACUCGCGGCCGCUGCUGCAGGGGAUGGCCGUGCAGUCGUGAACUCGUGGUCGAUCAAUCUUUUUUUCGUAAGCCUCCGUAGUCGAUCUGUACAUUGUAGGCGCGAGAUAGGCGUGUAGCUUUUCUACAGCGACGUACACUCAAUCUGAUGCCGGCAUGAGAUGAGCAGCCAGUACAAUGCCAUGGCGCUCUGAAAACCAACCAAGACAUUCCAGGCUGCUCGACAAGACAGACGCCCUAAAGUCGCUCUGACAGAUCAACCCGAUGCUAAAUUAUACUAUCCUGCUCGGCCAUCAGUCGAGCUGGCAUUGCGAAAUGUAUAUCUCCUUCGUCCCAUAAACUCCGGUAGAACAGAAAUUAAACCUACUGGUAUUUUGAUGUGCGUUGACACGCCGAAUGGCCAAAUUGCCCAGUUGCAGCUGUAUCUCUCGAGUAGUACCUUCUGGAAUGUAAAUGUCCGUUGUGAA